UCAGAUACUAAGGUUUUCUGCUGUGGUUCUGAAUUAGAUGGGUCUAAAAAUACUGUGGUAACAAUGAAACAUAACUCUUUCACCUAAACUCAGUUGGACAUGUUCUAUUAUAAUAGGCAUUGGGAGGUGAGGGGUGAAUCUCAACUUUAGCGAUGACUUCUGUGAAAUGAACGUGAUUAGUAAUUGGAAUUUGAUCACUUCUUGGCUUGAAUGAAGCUGGGUAAUUAAUCUAAGGCCAGGCGAUAAAUGGCCCAGAUUAUUCUUCAUCAGCAUGGUUACCUGGUAAUGAAUCAUUGUGGCAGGCCACAACUGUUACAUCUAGCCAUCGAAAUAAUCAUAUCAGGAGACAUAGUAUAACUUCUGACAGUGGUGACACUGGCAUUGGAACUUCCUGUUCUGACAGCGUGGAAGAUCAUUCAACUUCAAGUGGCACGUUAUCUUUUAAGCCUAGUCGAUCAUUGGUUACUCUUCCUACUGCCCAUGUCAUGCCGUCUAACUCCAGUGCUUCAGUUUCCAAACAUAGGGAAUCAUUGAUGUCAGAUGGCUCAAAAUGGAGUACAAGUCUCAUGCAAACAUUGGGAAGCCAUAGUAGAGGGGAGCAAGACUCUUCACUAGACAUGAAGGACUUCCGGCCCCUCCGGAAAUGGUCAUCUUUAUCCAAACUCACUGCCCCAGAUAACUGCAACCAGGGUGGCGUUGUACAUGCUGAUGAAUCAAGGAGUGGUUUGGAAAAGACAGGGAGAGCCAAAGUUUUAACAUCACAACUAAGAACAAUUGGGCCUAGCUGCUUACAUGAUAGUAUGGAGAUGCUUAAGCUAGAGGACAAGGAAAUAAAUAAAAAACGAUCUUCAACUCUGGACUGCAAAUAUAAAUUUGAGACCUGUAGCAAAGAGGACUUUAGAGCUUCUUCCUCCACUCUUAGGAGACAGACCUUAGACAUGACAUACAGUGCCUUACCUGAAAGCAAGCCCAUUAUGACAAGUACAGAGGCCUUUGAACCUCCGAAAUAUUUAAUGCUGGGUCAACAGGCAGUAGGUGGAGUUCCCAUUCAGCCUUCUGUGAGGACACAGAUGUGGCUUACAGAGCAGUUGCGGACAAACCCUUUGGAAAGUAGAACUACAGAGGAUUCUUACAGUUUAGCUCCUUGGCAACAGCAGCAAAUUGAAGAGUUUCGACAAGAAAAUGAAACACCAAUGCAGGUUUUGUCCGGAUCGUCUCGUCAAAGUUAUUCACCUUCUGGCUAUCAGGAUUUCAGUAAGUGGGAAUCAGUGCUGAAAAUAAAAGAAGGACUGCUAAGGCAGAAAGAAAUUGUAAUUGAUCGGCAGAAGCAACAAAUUACUCACCUACACGAGAGGAUAAGGGAUAAUGAAUUACGGGCACAACAUGCCAUGUUAGGACAUUAUGUAAACUGUGAAGAUUCUUAUGUGGCUGGUUUGCAGCCACAAUAUGAGAACAGUUCACUCCAGACUCCAUUCUCUGAUCAAUCAGUGUCCCAUUCCCAGCAAGAGGAACUUGAGCAAAAGCUUGCAUCUACUGAGAAAGAGGUUUUGCAGCUCAAUCAGUUUCUUAAGCAAAGAAUAAGCCAAUUUAGUGAAGAGAAGAAGAAACUGGAGGAAAAGCUUAAAACCAGAGAUAGAUAUAUCAGUAGCUUGAAAAAGAAAUGCCAGAAGGAAUCCGAACAAAACAAAGAAAAGCAGAGAAGAAUCGAGACCUUGGAAAAGUAUCUGGCUGAUCUUCCAACUCUAGAUGAUGUGCAGAGUCAGAGUCUACAGCUUCAGGUUCUAGAAGAAAAAAAUAAGAAUUUGCAAGAGACUCUCCUAGAUAUGGAAAAAAAGCUUGAAGAGAUCAAAAAACAGUGUCAAGAAAAGGAGGCACAGCUAAUAUGCCAGAAAAAGAAAGAAAAGGAGUUGGUAACUACAGUUCAGAGCUUGCAGCAAAAAGUAGAAAGAUGCCUUGAAGAUGGAAUACGCCUUCCCAUGUUAGAUGCAAAACAGCUUCAGAAUGAAAAUGAUAACCUGAGAGAACAAAAUGAGAAUGCUAGUAAGAUAAUAGACAGCCAACAAGAUGAGAUUGAAAGAAUGAUUUUAGAAAUUCAGUCUAUGCAAGGGAAACUUUCUAAAGAAAAAUCAACUACUCAAAAGAUGAUGGAAGAGCUGGAAAAGAAAGAAAGAAACCUACAGAGAUUAACAAAAACAUUGCUUGAUAACCAAAGGCAAACAGAAGAGACCUGCUCUUUCUUGGAUCAGGGCCAGGAAGCAGACCAAUCCAGACAGCAGACAGUACUUACCAAAUGGCCACUGUCUGAUUUGAGUGUGAUUGAUCAACUGUUCAAGGAAAUGUCCUAUUGUUUGUUUGACUUGAAGGCAUUGUGUAGUAUUCUCAAUCAGCGUGCUCAGGGCAAAGAGCCUAAUCUUUCAUUAUUACUGGGAAUCAGAUCAAUGAACUGUUCAGCUGAAGAGACUGAGAAUGAUUAUAGCCCAGAAACACUCACUAAAAAAUUGUCAGAUGUAUGCCAGUUACGGAGGGACAUCGAUGAAUUAAGGACUACAAUAUCAGACCGCUAUGCUCAGGACAUGGGAGACAACUGCAUUACCCAGUGAUCAACUAUUGGUCCCACAGCAAUAAUGACCCAUUUGUUAAAUGCU